GUUUUUAGAAUUGUAAAUUCCUUCCAAAAGAAAACGAAAACAAAGAAUCGCCCUCGCUCUCGCUCUCGCUCGAGGUUCGCUGGUUCUCGGUUCGACAUUCGCUCCUUGAGCUCACUCUUUCUCUGAUCCUAUCAAACAGGGCAAAGCAAGAACACAACAGCAUCAGACAGUGCUUAGGGUAAAACAACAGUGAUGGACAAGGUCGUGGAGGAGGUGGAAAAGUUGAAGAAGGAAUGGGACGAAACAUACACCAAAACGCAGGAGCACAUUGAGGCAAUCGGAGAGUACGGAAAAUCAGGAAGAGCAAAGGAGGAGAAAAAUUCGCUUGCUAGGUUGAAUGGGAUUGCUCAGGAUGGCUUGGCACUCCUUUCUUCUUUCCUCUUCACCCUCGAUCUUCUCGCUCCUCAGUUGCCCUCUGAACAAGAAGUCCAAUCUGCUCGUGCCUUGCUUCAAUCCUGGAAAACCCUAACUCAAAGUUUGCGGUUAAAUCUGAGGAACGCCAAUCUGCAAGCAAAGGCUAACUUGAGGAAAGCUGCUCAGGAGGAGAGAGAACUACUUCUAGGUGGUGGAGAAGAGUCCACAGUUCGCAGACGCAAUUUACAGACAAAAGCUGGAAUGACAUCUGCCGCAGAAAGCAUCACAGAGAGCCUUCGUCGAACCCGUCAAUUGAUGGUUCAGGAGGUUGAAAGAAACACAACCACACUCAUGACUCUUGAUGAAUCAACUGGAGUGUUAAAAAAGGCUGAAAGUGAAUAUAAAGGACACCGCUCGUUGUUGAUGAGAACCCGAAACCUUCUCUCCACAAUGCAACGUCAAGAUGUCAUAGACAGGGUGAUUCUUGGGGUUGGCUUUUUGUUAUUCUCCCUUGCUGUUCUUUAUGUUGUUUCCAAGCGGAUUGGAAUACUUGCGUUGCAAAGAAAGGUUACUGAUGCCAUAAAAGCUGGUAUGGUGGGACAGGCAGAGCUAAGACCCCAAGCUGUUGUAGAUGACGUGAAUCUUCAUCAUGUCAGAGGCGAUCGAGUUCAUAAUACAGAAGCUCCUUUAGAACAAAGAAUACAUGAUGAACUAUGAAUCUAUGAUGCCUUUCUAAGCCAUAGUAUCGUGUUGUCUGUGUUUAUUUACAUUAAAAGAGAUCCCAAAAACUUCAGCAUCCUCCUAGUUGCUUUAGAAAUGACAGAAGUAAAAGUUUUGCUAUCUUGAGAGUUAGAAAAGCUUUUAUUACCUGUUUUAGAAGUGUGAUUAGGAGCAUUAUUGGCUGAUCUGUUAUAAUGAAUUAAAAAAUUCCUUUCUGUGGUUAUUUAGUUUACGCCACAGGCUUUUCAGCAUGAGCAAGCUCAUAAUUGUUGACGAGCUGUCUCUAGCUGCUUUUUCAUUGUACCGAUGCUUGUCUCGUACACAUCAACUAUAUUUAAGAUCUGAAACUGACAUGAAAUUUUGCGAAGCAUUAUACAA